UAUGCCAGGAAAAGAAGGCAUGCUGUCCCGUCUCCAACUCGGAAAAUUUAUCAAACAUUUAUUCUAACAUACAUUUUGGUCUUCCUUCAGCCUUGGAAGGAUGACCUCCAGCAAUGGUGGAUUCUACGUACCAUCUAUUUCCUCCAUUGCAAAACCCUCUUCCUCCUCCCCCUCCUCCACCUUAUCUGUCCUCCUCUGUUUCCAACGGUUUAACCUCGCAAAGGUCAAUACGUUCGGUUGCUUUGUCACUCCCUUCGGUGACAGAAGAAUCCGAGCAAGAACUUGAAGGACAAAGAGAAAACCAACAUGAAGACAUAGAAAACGAAGAAGAAGCAAAGCUAAAAGAAGAGGAAGAGGAAGAAGAAGAAGAAGAUGAAGAAGAAGGACGACAUCGUCCGCGUUGUUCCCUAUGCUGUGCAUGGAUGUUCUUCGGAUCACUCGCUGCUGUUCUCAUUGUCCUGAUAAUUAUCCUAAUAUUCGUUGUCACACUUCGAUCAGCAUUGCCUGAAUUUUAUGUUCUGAGGAUGGAUUUUCCUAAGCUACAUUUGGCAAGCGAAAAUAAUGAACUCUUCUUGGAUGCGGAUGUUCACAUAAGAAUCCAAGCACUGAACAUUAACGAAGAGGUCGAACUCGAGUACAGCGAGCUAAAGGUUCAGGUAUCAUCGGAGGAUAUUCCACUAGGAGAGACUAAGAUACCAGGGUUUUCCCAGAACCCAAAAGAUAAAACAGUUCUGAGAAUGAGAACUCGGGUUUGGAAUUCUCCUGCUAAUGAAGAUGAUGCCAAGGCAUUAAAAGAAAAUGCAGAGAAUCGUCAGACAGUUGUUGAUAUUCUUUUGAACGGUAACAUUGGCUUCCAUGUUGGAGUAGUUAAGUUGAAUUGGGUGCCUGCUCUUAUAGCAUGCCAGAAAAUCAAGCAAGCUGAAGUUGAUUUUGCCCAGAAACCCAAGUGCAACGUUAAAAUCUUUGGUUUCAGGGCGCAAUGAUGGAACAUUUUUGAGUUGGAAGUGGCAGUGGAGUGCUAGCAUCAAAGAUUACAUAUAUUAGGUUAGUCAACAGAAAUUAUUUAUUCUUCAGGAACAUGUUAGAAAUUAUUACAAGUUAGAACUUUCAUCCAUUUGGAAGGAAUUAUGUGAUUGGUUUUUCUCUUUUUCUUCAAAAAUAAAACAAAAAGAAAAAAAGAAAAUAAAUGGAUAACUGAGUUUGGAUCGUCCAAAUAACUCAUUCAGACUUCAUUGGUUAAUUGACUCCAUUUUUUUUGCCCGUUAGGAAAAGUGAUACUAGCAUCAACCUGAAGAGAUUCCGAGCACUAGGUUUUAAGUUCUUGCAAGUGUAGUCUUGGUUUUGCAAAUAACCUUGGGGUUCGAUUACACGAUUAGUGGGUCUUACGACCAAUAGAUGGAUUUACUGUUCUGUAAGAAUUUUUUUUUUAAAUAGAUUC